GAGGAAGACAAAACGACCACAUUGCGCAUGCGCAACCUACGACUUUGGGUUAUGUCAACAUGAUUUAGGUUUUCACCGGUGCUGUUGGUCUCUUUCGAUGCUCAGACCGAUGAUCCGGAGGUUCCGGCCGCUCCGCGCACUUCCGCACCUUCACUCUACGCGCUCAGCUCGCUCAUUUAGCGGCGAUGCUCCGGAGCUGUCUGCAGCCCGAGUCCGGGGCACCUUCCUGGACUUCUUCAGGGACAAGCACAGGCACAUGCUGGUCCCGUCCUCCUCCGUCCGGCCCAGAGGAGACCCCAGCCUGCUUUUCGUUAACGCUGGUAUGAACCAGUUUAAACCGUUGUUCCUGGGAAGGGCGGACCCCCGCAGCGAGAUGGCCUCGUACCGCAGAGUGGUCAACAGUCAGAAGUGUGUUCGGGCCGGAGGCAAACACAACGACCUGGAGGACGUGGGCCGCGACUUGUACCACCACACCUUCUUCGAGAUGCUGGGGAACUGGUCGUUCGGGGAUUACUUCAAGCUGGAGGCGUGCUCUAUGGCCUGGAGCCUACUCACUGAGCAUUAUGGGAUACCUGCACACAGACUCUAUGUGUCCUAUUUCUCUGGGGACACUGCGUUGGGCCUAACUGCUGAUGAGGAGACAAGACAGAUCUGGUUAGACCUCGGGGUUCCCCCUGGUCACCUCCUGCCGUUUGGCCUCAAGGAGAACUUCUGGGAGAUGGGCGACUCGGGCCCAUGUGGUCCCUGCACUGAGAUCCACUAUGAUUAUGUGGGGGGGCGAGAUGCCACAGAACUUGUGAAUGCUGACAGUCCUGAUGUGGUGGAGAUCUGGAACCUGGUCUUCAUGCAGUACAACAGGGAAGUGGACCAGCAUCUGCAGCCUCUGCCCCAGUUCAAUGUGGACACUGGGAUGGGACUGGAGAGACUGGUGAGCGUCCUGCAAGGCAAGCGUUCUAACUACGACACAGACCUGUUCGUCCCGCUGCUGCACGCCAUCCACCAGAGGUCAAAGGUGGAACCGUAUGGAGGCAGGACAGGUGCAGAAGACCAGGCCAAGGUGGACACAGCGUACAGGGUGGUGGCUGACCACAUCCGCACCUUAUCAGUCUGCAUCGCUGAUGGAGUCCAUCCAGGAAUGUCAGGAGCUGAGCUAGUGCUGAGACGGAUUUUGCGGCGGGCUGUUCGAUUCUGUAUUGAGGUCCUUCAGGCUCCUCAGGGGACUCUGGGCAGCCUGGUCCCUACAGUCACCCAAAUACUGGGUGAUGUGUAUCCAGAGCUUUACAGGGAGGCGGACAGGAUCAUAGACAUCAUCAAUGAGAACGAGGCUCAGUUCCUGUCAUCUCUGCAGCAGGGAACCAGGUUGAUCCAGCGCACACUUAGCAGGAUGGACCACAGACAGGAAGCCUUCCCCGCUUCAGUGGCCUGGUCUCUGCACAGGGACCUGGGUUUUCCCCUGGACCUGGUAGACCUGAUGCUGGAGGAGAGAGGAGUCCAGGUGGAUGGUCAGGAGCUGGAGCGGCUCAUUUCGGACCACCAGAAGGUGGUAUCUGACCUGCAGUCCGGUGUUCAGUGUCCGGUGAUGCUGGAUGUUGUCAGCCUAGCGGAGCUGCAGAAGUCUGCGGUUCCACACACAGACGACCGCCUUAAAUACCAGUACAGGCUGGACCAGGACCAAUACGUGUUCCCAGCAUGCUGCGCCACCGUCCUUGCUCUGUAUGACGGCCAGACCCUGGUGUCAGAGGUCACAGAGGGCCGGCGGUGUGGGGUCAUCCUGGACCAGACGUGUUUCUACUCGGAGCAGGGUGGGCAGUCACAUGACCAGGGCUACUUCACCAGUAACGGACUGCAGGAUGUGCUGUUUCCUGUGGAGGCAGUGGUGCAAGCAGGGGGUUAUGUGGUCCAUCAGGUAACUGCAGCUGUCAGCCUGAAAACUGGGGACCAGGUUUGCCUACACCUGGACCAGGGCCACCGACUGUCCUGCAUGACCAAUCACACAGCCACUCAUAUCCUCAACUUCGCUCUAAGGGAAGUUCUCGGUCCUUCAGUUCAGCAGAGAGGAUCUCAUGUCUCAGCGGAUCGCCUCCGCUUUGACUUCAGCAUCAAGGUCUCUCUGACUGCAUCUCAGCUGAAACAGGUGGAACAGUGCGUUAAUGAUAUCAUCUCAGCCAAUCAGAUUGUCCACAGCCAGGAGUUAUCUCUGCACCAGGCCAGGACCAUCAGAGGACUAAGGACGGUGGACGAGGCGUAUCCUGACCCUGUCCGAGUGGUGUGUGUCGGCGUCACUGUCUCUGAGCUACUGGACAACCAGACAGACAGGCAGACGUCUGUGGAGCUGUGCUGUGGAACGCACCUGCUGUUGACCGGCUCCAUCCUGGACCUGGUGAUCAUCUCAGAGAGACAAUUAGUGAAAGGUAUCAGCCGGAUUGUGGCUGUGACGGGUCCAGACGCUGCACGGGUCAGUCUCAUGAAUGCAGCAAAUGUGUCUCGGGAGGCUGGUCAGUUUCUGUCCCAAGAAGUGGACUCGCUGUCAACUAGACUGUCUGCCACGACCCCCGCCAGCCUUGACUCUGCCCAAACCCUCGCCAAGGAGGUGGGGGUCCUUUCCGAUGCUGUGGACAACACAUCCAUCCCUCAGUGGCAGCGCAGAGACCUGCAGAGUCGCCUCAAGGCCCUGCAGAGGUCCAGCAACACCGUCGUCAGGAAACUGGAGAGCAAGGAGGCUGCAGUGAGAGCUCAGGUGCUGCUGGGUAAGAAUGGCAAGAAGGAGCUGCUGGUGGACUGGGUGGAGACGGACUCUCUGUCGGUGUUGAUGAAGACUGUGAACCAGCUGAGCGCCGCCUCUCCUCAAAGUCACGUGAUGCUGCUUGCUCACCAGAGGCAUUCUGGAAAGGUUCUGUGUGCCUGCCAGGUCCCCAAGGACUCGCCGUGUUUUCCAGCCUCUGACUGGGCAGUGGCUUUGUGUCAUCACUUCGGGGGGGCUGCUGGGGGCUCGGCUUUGGUUGCCAAGGGAACAGGAAACAGCAUUAACAUGGAGGAGGUUCUGAGGUGGGCGGAGCAAUUUGCCCUCCAGAGACAGAAGCAUUGAUAUCAUAAAGUGACAACGUCUAAUGAGGGAGCAUCUAACAGUGGAGGCAACAAAGCUCUGCCCACCACCCCAUCUGAUUGGAUGACAGGCUCAGGCUAAAGGCUUCUCAUUUAAGUUGAUUUUAUAACACUGCACAUUUCUUUGUUUUAAAAGAAAUAAAAUGUGGGUCAGCA